AUGCCUACUAUUCUCCCCCCUAAAGCACGAAGGAGAAGGCUAGGGCGUUUCUCAACAUCCCGGCAUCAGACGUCGUCGAUCACUUCGACAAGGCAAGAUCAAGGACAUAGGUUCCAUACACAUCAACCCCCAACUCCCUUACCGUCUGUACGAUCUGCGAUUUACUAUAUACUCAGCCACUCGAUACAGAAAGCGGGACAAUCGAAAACAACCGAACAACUGGGGAGUGUCGUCAAGAAGUUGACUCCCACCAAUGCCUUUAAACUAGACCAGCAGCGUCUUGUCCUCGCCUUCCUAAAAUAG